UGCAAAAUCUGUAAUAAAACUUUAAAUAUGGGUCCUUGCUGGGCAAAGUGCUGAAAUAGACAGUAUAAAGAAGAAGAUGAGCUCUUAGUCAAUCAAAGUUCAGGUAGUCUUGGGAAUGAGCCGAUGUCACGGAUGAAAAUAAACCCGACAGCCAGAGAAGGUGAUGAGAUUGAUAUGGCAAAUGAAACACCAACCCCUGGAGAGGACUUAGAUGACCAGGACUUUAAAUUUCUUAAGAGGAAAAGCUUCAGGUCUCGUCAAGGUGAAGAAAACUCUAAUUUCCCAACCAAUGACUUUAAUGGACAAGAGGCACUGACAAAGAGAAUGGAAAGGUACACAAUUUCGCUACCUCACUCAAAAGAGACGGAUUAUGGUGUUACAGUUGAUCAAAUUUACGCGAGCUCCAAUCUUAAAAAAAGGGAGAUUAUAUCUUCCUUAAAGCGAUCUAAAAGACUCAACAGGAACAACUUGCAGACUUCUGAAGAGCGUAUCCAAUAUUUCAAGAGACAGCUUCAGAAGAGUAGGGUUCCCUUCAUGGUAGAUUCUAUAACUCUGGUCAUUGAUCGGAAGAAUAUCAUCUCUGAUACCAUCAACCAGAUCGAGUCGAUGGAUGGCUUCAGUUUUCAUAAAGAAGUGAAGAUCUUCUUUAUCGGAGAGGAAGCCCAAGAUGCAGGCGGUGUCCUUAAGGAAUGGAUUUUCCACUUGAUCCAAACAAUUUUUUCCAACCCAGAUGAGAAAAAUGUCAGAAAUGAGAGCUCUCAGCUUGAUAAAGAGAGCAGGCAACAGAGGUCCAAGAGUUUGACUAAUCCUUUGGAAGAGUCUAAGCAAAUGAUAGAUGAGAAGGCGUCCUUGAAGCCAGGAAGUCCUAGGAACAGUAGCCCAAAGCGCAAAUUAAAUAGCGAAAGUGCGCCAUUUGAAUCUGACAAUAGUGAAAAUCGUGAUUCUUUUGGAAUUAGUAUUUGAAAAUCAGGAGAUGAAGUGUAUUACCAUUUUAAAAAGUCAUCUUCUCUGAAAAUAUGCAAGCUUGUGGGCCAGAUAGUUGGGAAAGCUUUGUUUGAAGACAUACCAUUAGAGCCAAAGUUUACGAAUUUCAUCCUAAAGUGCAUGCUAUCUCAAGAAUUUGAGAUAAAGGACUCAAUGACAUACGACCAGAGUAUCUGUAGCUCCUUUAAUUACAUUCAAAGCAAUGUGAUUGAUCAGAACGAAUUGAACAUGAACUUUACUGUGCAAGAUAAGGAUGAAGGAAUGUUCGAGUUAAUCAAAGAUGGUAACAAAUACAAAGUCAAUAACUAUACGAAACAUGCUUAUAUUAACCUUUUCUUGGAAUACUAUGGUUACCAUAAGGCUCAUCCGCAGGUUUCAGCAUUUUUGGAGGGUCUCAAUGAGGUAAUCCCAAAGAAACUUCUCAACAUUUUAUCCAUUGAUGAUUUGAAAAAGCUACUUGUUGGCAAAACAGAAAUUGAUAUUGAAGAUUGGAAGUCCAAUACUAUUUACAAAGGAGAAGGCUCAUGCCAAACCCAUCCUACUGUUUUAGCCUUUUGGAAGAUAAUUAGUGGGCUGAAGGACGAUGAAUUACUAAAAUUCCUGCAGUUUACAACUGGGUGAAGAAGUAUCCCAAUCGAUGGUUUUAAAAGCCUGAAAAACAACAGACAGGAAGCUUGAUUGUUUACUGUAAAUUUGAUAAAAUCUUCCCAUGGAUUUAUUCGAGCCCAUACUUGCUUCAAUAGAAUUGAUCUUCCUGUCUUGAAUGAGCUUCAGCUGAAAAAGAGUAUUGAUCAUAUCUUAUCUAUGGACCAGUUUAUCUUUGAUUUCGAAUAAAUCUUCUUGUUUCAUCUACAAAAUCACUCAUUUUCAUAAAUCUUUUCUUUUUGAAUGGGGUUUUUAAGAGAAUCAUAAAGAGAGGGAAAUUAGAAUUUCAUUAUGAAUCCCAAUAGC